ACCUGCACGCCCUUCUACCUCCACAAUAUUGUCGUCCCAGAAGUCGAGUCUCACGGAUUUAACUUUGCUGAUGUCCGGGAAGUUGCGGUGGACGCCAGAGCAGUGGAGACAGAUGAAGAUCCCCAGCUUCUGCCACGGGCAGGAGAGGGCAAGAACGUUUCCCGGAAGCAACGGAAAAAGUCUGCAGGUCACCCAAGGCCUCAGAAGACGCGCACAGGGGCGUGGCCGCCGGUCGAACCACUGCAAAGCCAGGUGUGCCUCGGAACGACCCUUCGGCCGGACUCUUUCCGCGGAGCCCAGGCCGGACGUUUUGUGGCGAAGCAAACAGGAACCGGAAGUCAAUGGAGGAAGUCUUAGCGUCGAACCUGCUGGUGUGACUGGAGAAUGAACUUGUCUUGUCUGCUCAAAGUGGGAGGGAGAUGGAGAUCCUUUCCAGUUCCACUGGAGUUAUCCUUGUUCCAGGCCCUACAUAAUUUCUGCUGUCGGAAAAAAUCCACUGCACCUGAGAAAACUAUUACCAAUGUUUCUUUUUGUAAUGAAAAUGCAAAGGAGUCUGGAAAUGCACUCGACAAGCUCUUCUCUUCAGAACAGCAGGCCUCCAUCCUGCAUGUGUUGAAUACAGCAUCUAAUAAAGAACUUGAAGCUUUCAAAUUGCUUCAUGGAAGAAAGUCCAUCAAUAUUAUAGAGCACAGAGAAAAAUUUGGGCCGUUUCAGGAUUUGGAGAGUUUGAUGAAUGUGCCCUCGUUCCAGUAUAAAACUAUUGUUCAAGUUUGUUACGCCAUUCUUUGUCCAGAGAGUGAGAAGAAAAAAAGAAAGUUACAGGAAAACCGGCUGUUGGGAAAGCUCAUCAAACCAGACAUAGAAAGAGAGAGACUUAAGGCAGUCAAUAGUAUUGUGUCUAUUGUUUUUGGUACUCAAAGAAUUGCCUGGGCUCACCUUGAUCACAAACUGACAGUGCUGGACUGGCAACAAAGUGACUAUUGGAAAUUAAUGAAUAGAACGUACCCAUCAUCACUCUAUUUAAAAGAGAUCUCUUCGGUCAUUUCAAAGAUGCCUAAAGCAGAUCUCUAUGUUCUGGAAAAAAUAGGACUUUCCAUUCAAAACUCAUCUCUGUUUCCUGUACUGUUACAUUUUCAUAUCAUAGAAGCCAUGCUGUAUGCAUUAUUAAAUAAAACUUUCGCCCAGGAUGGCCAGCAUCAUGUGCUGAGCAUGAAUCGAAAUGCAGUGGGGAAGCACUUUAAACUGAUGAUUGGUGACACUCGGACUAGUGGGAAAGAACUAGUGAAGCAGUUCCUCUCUGAGUCUGUACUGAAGGCAAAGCCUCGAGUGUUCUUCCCACCAGAUAAAGUAGUACACUACAGACAAAUGUUUUCACCUGCUGACUCACACAGAAGAGAAGAGUUGUAUGAUUCAUUGUUACAAGCUGUUGCUUUCUAUGAAUUAGCAGUUUUUAACACUAAGAAUUCUGAGAUUAAUGUACCUGCUCUGUUAUAAUAUAUAUUUAUUCUAAUUAUAAAAUGAGCUGUUCUGAACAGUCAUGUUAAUGGAGAAGAAAACACAUUUUGAGUAUGUUUUAGACGUUUAAUGUCAGACUUUCAGCUAUGAAAUGGUAUACAUAAUAAUAAGCCAAGACUAGAUCAGUAAGCAUGCUGUGCCUUUUGGGAUUCAUUGUCAAUAAAAUGCCCCCUGGACAGCCAAAAGAAGAAACAAAGUUUUCUCCCUUUAUCAAGCAGAUACCAUCUACGUUGAGGAUUUGCAUUAUGUUGUUAAAAAACAGAGAAAAAUGAUUUCUUUCUAGGUGUAACUUAUGAGAAUAAAGCUAAAACAACUGAUAACACAAUUUGUAGACUCUA